GCCCCUGUUGUUCCCUCUGAGAGGAAGAGGAAGUGAUGUCACGCCACCACCAUCGCUUUGAGAGGGACUACCGGGCACCCUGGGAGCGGAGAGACAUCCGUCCUUCUGGCCUCCACAAUGGAGGAGCCAAUCAUAGCUGUGCCUCUGCCGUUGUCAACGGCAACAACCGUCCGGGGCUCCUUCCCCUCCCAGUCAUCCCCUCCCUUCUUCCAACUCCAGUUACAGUUGCCGUGACAACAUCGAGCAGCGACUUAGUGGUCAAGCGAGGCAUCUCGGCAGCAGGAUCGGUGGCUCCGGCAUCAGCCAAGGUCUCCGGACUGUCUCCCGGAGACAGCCAGGCCCCGGGACUGCUGCUGGCUCCAGGCGUGAGGUGGGGACAGACUCCUAUAAACCAGCUCACACCGUGGGAUACAGAUGAGCCCCCUGCUAAGCAACAUCGAGAUGCCGAGCCCACCGCUCCAACCUGGCCUGCACCGGUGGCGGCGGUGAGCCAGCCCAGUCUCCUGUCCCACACCUACGCCCUCCCUCAGCCGCCUUCUUUCAACCACAGCGUGACCGCGCAGUCGCCCAUCAUAGGAGUAACCCCAUCCAUCCAGACGCCGGUGCCCCCGCAACACCCCCUCAUGACCGCCCACUUCCAGCUGACGCCGCAGUCGACCCAGCAGCCGCCCUCUAUGGUGCUGAGCAUGCCCAGCCAGCCUCCGUACGCUUCAGCCCAGCCGACGGUCACACCAUCCGCCCUCACUGCCCAGGCCAACCCGGUGGUUCAUCCAAACGCUCACAGCAUGAUUGGCAACGGCCACUUAACCUCUCACCCCAGCCUCAUCCAGCCCCACACCAUGCCUCUUACUAACGGACAGGCGGCGGCGGCAGCAGCGCAUGGCCAGCAGACGGCUGCCGACAAUCAGGACAGUCCCAACGGGCUGCAAAUGCUGCGGACGGUUGGGAGCGGGAAGUACGAGUUCAGCGACCCCGGACAUCCCAAAGAGAUGUUGAAGGAGUUGAACCAACAGCGCAGAGCGAAAGAGUUUACAGACCUGAAAAUUAUUGUUGAAGGCAAAGAGUUUGAAGUCCACCAAAAUGUUCUAGCUUCCUGCAGCUUGUAUUUCAAGGACCUGGUGAAAAGGUCGUCGGGAGAGACGAGGAGCAGGGAGAUGCUGGAGCUGAACAUGAGCAACAUCAGCGCCGACGUGCUGGAGCUGCUGCUCGAGUUUGUCUACACGGGGUCGCUGGUCAUCGACUCGGCCAAUGCCAAGACGUUGCUGGAAGCUGCCAACAAGUUCCAGUUCAACACCUUCUGUAAAGUCUGUGUCUCCUUUCUAGAGAAACAGCUGACUGCCGCUAACUGUCUGGGAGUGCUGGCUAUGGCCGAGGCCAUGAGCUGCACCGAGCUCCACAACAUGGCCAAAGCGUUUGCACUGCAGAAUUUCCCAGAGGUGGCAGGGCAGGAAGAGAUCCUCAGCGUCUCCAAGGACGACCUGAUAGCCUAUCUGUCCAACGACAGCCUGAACACAAAGGCCGAGGAGCUGGUCUACGAGACCGUCAUCAAGUGGAUCAAACAAGACCCCAACUCUAGAGUACAGAGGCUGUUAAUCAUAAUCAGAGGUUAUAUCCCCGAGAUGGGUAUUGACAGUCAGGUGCAAGCAGGUCGAAUUUUAACAGGCACAGAAUCGAUAAGCCUCAAGGUCAAAGCAUCAAACGCCCGCCACAUAUACGGAAAG